AUGCAGCAACGUCGAGAAGAGAUUCUUGCCAAAAAGGCGAAGCUCGCAGAGCUUAAGCGCCAGAGGGAGCUUCGGGCUUCCAGCCAGACGCCGUACAAUCGCACUGGCAUGACCUCGCCCAUAUCACCGACACCACGAGGAGAUAGCCGCCGCGAGAUCGAAACCCUCAUUGACAGCUUGGUCGGUAGUAGCAGGCCCAGUUCGAUUGGGACGGGACCCCCUGGAUCGCCUGCGCAUCGAGGAAGUCGGCCAAAUAGUGUGCUCAGUGGCGGCGAGAUCAGCAAUGUGACUUCCGAAUGGACGGCUUCCCUGACUGGGCAAGGCGGACAAGCUACCCCAGGCCCUACCCCUGUGACGCUGAGCCUUACGACGGUGCCUUUGACAACCGUGUACGAAUGCCCGCCAAGUCCAGUCAAGGAGGUCUUUUCCUACAGCAAAGGUGUACAAACUACGGAUGAAUGGGCCACUCCGACAAGGACAAGGGCUCAAUCGAUAGCGUCUGAUGCAGACGACUUCAUGGGCACGACCUCAACGCCUAACAAGAGGCUAAGCAGGAAGGAGCGUGACCGAGAGGAGGAGCUGCGCCAAAAGAUUAGACUGGAAGUGGAAGAAGAGCUGCGGGCGACCAAAGAGCUUUUGGCCGAGGGUGGUGCCGCGGGCCAGCCCUUCUCCACAACCAACUUUCCCAUCAGAGAACUUACUGCCGAAGAACUGGAAGCCGUCACUCACUCAGACGAAUUUGUAGAUUUCUUAGAGCAGUCGACAAAAGUGAUUGAGAGAGCCCUGGACCAGGAGACAUAUGAUAUUCUUACCGACUACGCCCUGCAUGGCAAGGACCUCGAAGACAAGGACGAAGAAAGCGGCAACACGGGAGGAAAGGGAGGACAUAGAGUCAAGGAGGUGGUACAAUUCUUCGAUGAUCGUUGGUCUAAAAAGCGAAUGAUUAGUGGGAUAGAUUUCUCACCCAAGUUCAACGAGCUGGUACUCGCAUCCUAUACCAAGAACCCGACAGCGCCCCACGAGCCGGAUGGGCUCGUCCAGGUCUGGAACAUUCACAUGCACAAUCGACCGGAAUAUGUCUUUACCGCCCAGUCCGAUAUCCUUACGGCAAAAUUUUCGCCCUACCACCCAAACCUCAUUAUUGGCGGCUCGUAUAGCGGCCAAGUCUUGCUAUGGGAUACUCGAGCAAAAUCUGCACCGGUCCAGAAGACGCCAUUGACGGGCUACGGCCAUGCCCACCCAAUUUACUCGGUGGAUAUUGUGGGCACGCAAAAUGCCAAUAAUAUCAUCUCAUGUUCUACAGAUGGCGUUGUCUGCGGCUGGAGCAUGGAUGUAUUUGCGCAGCCCCAAGAGCUGCUUGAGUUGAAGAAUCCCAGCCAGGCCAAGGUGGCGGUUGAGGACGUCAGUCCCACAUCGCUAUCGUUCCCUCAAACAGAUCCGACAUUCUUCCUCGUUGGAAGUGAAGAGGGAACAAUAUUCCCCUGCCACAGAUAUGACCGCGCCGGUGCCAAGGCUGGUGUCGACAAGAAGAUUAGUUACAAGGGACAUGCGGCACCUGUCAUGUCGGUUGACUUCCACCCAGCCAGGGGCCCUGUGGAUCUCGGUGACUUAGCCAUUUCAUCCUCUCUUGACUGGAGUGUCAAGCUCUGGAAGAUUCGUGCUCCGGCGGCCACAUCGACAAUUGGUGCUGGAGAUGGUGCUAUUUCGCCGCUGAUCGAUUUUGUCCGCGAGGACGUUGUCUACGAUGCGAAAUGGUCACCCGUGAAGCCUAGUGUCUUUGCCCUCGUAGACGGAGCUGGCUGGCUGGAAUUCUGGGACAUCGCCAUAGACACGGAGGAGCCGGUGUCGAGAAUAACACCGAGCAGCCGACAGGAUGGAAGAACAAUGCUUUCCAGGAGCUUGAACAAGCUGGCCUGGGAACCCAACGAUGGCAAGCGCAUUGCAACUGGUGGCAUCGACGGCUCUCUUACCGUCUUCGAAGUGGCUAGUGGCUUGGGUGGCAAGGAAGGGCUCAAGAAUGAAGAAUGGGCAAAUGUGAAGAAACUUGUCAACAGGGUGGAAGCCGUGGGCAUGAAUGGGGCGAUGAUGGUUUAG